AUGUCAAGCCUUGAUGCCAAACAUGACGAUCAGAAGGGAGUCGAUUCGGCUUCAACAUCGCCGCGUCGGGUCAACGGAGGACCAUUCACUGGACUUUCCCAAAAUAUUAUACCAAGUUUGCAAUCACCUACAAAGUUCAAUAUCCAUCUUCCCGCCCAUGAGCUCUCUCAAACUACAGCAAGGCUAGCGUCUCCUUCAAGCUCUCCAAGAAAAACUCAACAAGUCAGUGCUCUAAGUUCAGGCAAUCCUUUCACCAAUCUUCCUAGUUUGACGUACUCGACAGAUCGUGGAAAUUCACCAAGGUCCAACUCAUUGUCCAACGAAAAAGAAUCCUUCUAUAAUGUUGAUUACUUGGGUCCGAUUACAUUGGAAUACCUACGGUAUGUUUACAAUGCGCUUGUAUCAUUGGAACCCGUUGAAGGAGUGUCGCAUGGGGGAGAUACAAACGUUUAUGACACGCCACCUGUGUCCAGUGGAAUUGACAAACCUGGAACGGCAGAAACUUUUCCCGUCGAGGACAAUGGCAAAUACAAAAGCCCUAAUCAACUAGAUGAUAUGCAGAUCCAAAUUGAGAUGCGGUCCCGACUGGAAGAAACCCCACCUCCAGUCAGAAGUGAACCCCAAAAGAAGCCAAUUUCGUAUUUGCAAAAGAUUUUGCAAGCUCAGAUGGCCAAAGCUGAGAAGUUGAAGACCCCAAGGAGCAAGUCUGUCAUCGGCGAUGUGUAUCAGGGUGAGUCUGUCACCAGCGAGGUGCAUCAAAGCAAUAUUAAUUCGGAGCCACAUGAGCAACUAUCACAACCUGACUACAGAAAACCAGUACGGAAAAAGAGGAAGCUUGUUGGUGCAAAGCCUGACUUCACGAUUGAGCCAAUACAACACGAAGUGAGUACCUUCGGAUCUCCGGGAAAAGAAAAACCAAUUGAACUGGCAGUGAACAAAGAUGUCGAGGACACAAAUAGUGAGUUUUUCAAAUAUCAUGGUGCUUCACAUCUCAAACUACCCCUGGUUGAUCAAGAUAUAGCGCCAGGCGCUGUUAAUGGUAACCUACCAGACCAGAAUGUGGCAUUGAUUGAGGAGAACGUGAUGCAACCGAAUAUCGAUCUUCUCGUAGCUACGCGCGAGGAUGUGACGACGCUGGAGCCAAUUGUGAAUACAAACGAGGCAUCUGUUGUCAAUAAAGAAGAUCCUCGAAUAGAUAUUCAGCACCAAGAGCAGCCAGAGUUAAUUCAAGAAAAAGCAAUCGAGGAAAGUCGUAAUAAUGAGAACGCUCCAUUUCAAGUGCGACAUACAGAACAGCCUGCUCCUGAGAUGAAUGAUCAGGAAGAAACUCCACUCCAGGUAAGCCAGGGUGACAACGUGGAAACGGAGCAUGAGAAAAACAAAGUGGUAUCAACAUCUAAGAAAGUUGAUAAUGAGACAUCAGCGAUGGUGCAACCACUCCUUUCAGAGGAUGAUGUAGCUGCAAGCGAAAUGGACAAAAGUGAACAUGACGCUUCCGAAGUGGAAAGCCAAAACGAAAAGACUGAAGAGUCAGGAGAUGGAAAAAACCACGAAACGUUAGAGCCAUUGAAGUCGAUGUCAACUGUGCAUCCAAGUGCUGCCUCAAACUUGCAAGAAAAGAAGAUUGUCGAUAAUUCCAACUUUAAAAGUUCACAAGAAAAUGAUGACGACAACGGAGUUAUUCUUGAGAGCUGCGAGUAUGUCGCUUCCGAUGUAGAAAUUGUGAAACGGUCUGCAGGAAAAACAGAACAGUCAGAGGCAAGCAGUGAAAUAAACCCAUCGAUUGCAAAAUCCAAUGCAGAACCCAACGUAUCUGAAAAGAUUGUUCAAACUGAAGCCAUUAUGGAGGACACAGACACUAGCCCCCAAAUGGAGUCAGAAACCAAGAACACACCAAUUUCCCCAACCGAGAGCAUGUUUGAUGUAUUUCACAACGCACCUGAUACCGGAGAAGUGGAAAUAGACACCUUCAGUGCAGUUGAUGUUUCUGAUAAGGGUGACCAACAACCGAUUGAGGAAAGCUCGACGAGUAAUUCAAAAGAUGAAGCUAUCGGUAUCCUGGAAAUCGACUUUAUUACAAUGAAUCUACUAAAUCGUGAAAAAGUGGGGUCGGACUCUCUGAAUCCCAAUCCAUCGCAACUUGAAAAACUUCCAACUAGUAUACUACAGCUUUUUCAAUCAAGUUCAGAGGAUUUUUUACAAAACUUAAUGAACAGCUUAAAACUUUAUGCCUUUUCGAGAGAUUCGCGAAAUGUGGACAUGUCGGAUUUGAUAUUGUACCUUCGUCAGAUUAAUUUUGGAGGUACCGGGGAGACAAUGGGUGAUAUCGAACGAAUAUUUGAUAUAGCUCAAGAAAACCUUCCUCUUGAGUUGAUCAUAGAUCUAGAAAAUAGUGUUGAGAAGGCUCUUUCGGAGCUUGAAACGGGUGAAGAAGGUGGGUUGUUUAUUGGUGACGAAGAGGAAGGUGAAAUUGAACAAGCUAGCAAUGAAAAGGAAAAGGAGCGUGAUGACGAGGAUGUUAAUGGCUCUAAUGAGGGUGAUGGGAGCGGGAGUACCGAAACUGACGACAAGCAAUUUCCCGAGCAAGAAAUUGAAGAGGAUGUUGACUUUAAAAAUAAAGACACUGAUGAUGAUGACGAAGUUGUAUAA